CUUGAAGAAUGCUGCCUCAAUCGUUUGUUGGAAAUGUAGGAAGGUUUGUGCACUCUGAUGCAGAGAAAGGGCUCAGACAGAGCUGAAAAAUACCCAUGAGUCAUAAUUUCUCAACUGUUCCCAUCAUGCUCCAGAUGUUUGUGAUGAUCUAUGUGCUGUCAGUUGUCGUCUCGCAGUCAACAAAUCCCCCAUCUAAGAGAGGUCGGAAUUUCACCAUCCACUCAUCCCAGCUGGUCUGCAGUCUGCCGGGCCCAGCGGGGCCUGCAGGGAACCCAGGAGCCCCUGGAUCACCCGGGGUCAUGGGCCCCAUGGGGCCCCCCGGGACAGACGGCCAAGAUGGGAAGGAUGGAGAGAAGGGAGAGAAGGGAGCUCAAGGUAGUAGUUAA